AUGCACCAGACUAGCAGCAGCGGCGAUGACGAGGACCCCGACCCGCCCGUCACCAGAUCUAGGGCGUCGAACAAGGGCGACAAUCCUACUGCUCCCUGCCCGCCGACGAAGGACACCGGAAGGGCUUCUAGGUUCGCGUCUCAUGUUGUGAACAAGGCGAAGGAGCCCGUGCCGGACGACAUGGUGGCCGCUAUCGCCCGGAAUUAUAAGAAGGCAACGUACAGCAACGUGAUGCUCAUGAAUCACCGCGGUGUCGGAUGCACGGUGGAUAAGGACGACUUCAUGUCAAUCGAGGACGAUCAGUGGAUUACAGAUGGUGUCAUCGACUUCCACAACGUGCUGCUUAGCAUCAGGAAACCAACACUCCGCAACGGGAAGACAUGGGCCGCCAUGGACUGCAAGGCUUACACACAGACGAAUUCGCAGGGUGCGCCGUUAACGCUUGGGAACGGGCGGCUGCUUCUGGAACACGAUUAUCUGGCGAUCCCGGUGCUAGAAUCUGAGCACUAUUCGCUGGUCAUCGCAAUAAAUCCAUCGGUGCUCACCAAGUCGCCGAAAUCGAAGGGCAAAGAGCGCUUGACGUUGGUAUUGAUGGACAGCGCGAUCAAGCAUCGGAAUAGCCGCAAGAUUUUAGCAGGAACAAUGCUUGUGCUGUCUGAGCUCGCAAAGGCGAGCUCCCCAAGCGCGAACAUGGAGUUUGUGGACCAGACGCUGAAGGAGGCGGACUGUUGCACUUUACGGGUCGUGUCCGCUGCAACCCAACUGCUGCUGCAGGGCGGUCACCCGGGCACCGGCACGAAUGCAGAGGCGGGUGGCAACAAGACUGCGCCUCGCACACCACAGCGUCCGUCUGCCCGUAAGAUGCGGGCCGACAGCAGUCCUGAGGAGGAUGGCGUGCGCAACGGCACCCGGGUAGCGCUGGCCUCCACGUUCGCUGCAUGUGCGCCUGCAUCGAGCCUGCUCCCGAACCCGCUGCUCUCCCAAGGUGCCAUACCUCACUGGAUGUUCACGCGCGGGAGGCAGCUGCUCGGGAACGGUGUGCCACCUGGAGAUGCCGCGUGGGGAGACACGCACGGGCAGGAGACGCUGAAGGGCGAAGAGGAGGAGGACCUCGUGUCCGACUCAGACGACGAUGGCGAGGACGAGGAUACGUGUGCAACCACGUACACGGGUGUGAAGCUGGACAAACGGACUGGCAAGUUCGGCGUCAAGAUCUUGAUCAAAGAACGUGGAAAGCACCUCGAUGGCUUCCGAGGAUACGAGGGCCGGAGGCCGCUCACGUCGUGUCUCGCAACCGCCGGCAUACCUGCGUUCGUCAUACCAGUUGACGAUGCCGCGAGGUCGGCUGUCGAACGGGAAGCGUGGGGCGACCAUGACGGCACGGGUGCAGAGAGUGCAGAUUCGUCUGAGCGCAGCGAGGAAGAGGACGAGGAAAGCGAAGACACAUCGGCGCCAGGAUCACAAGAGGAAUCCGCCGACCAGGGCGCUGGAGGGAAGACGCAUGACGAUGGAUGUGCGGGAAUAUCUGCGGCCAAUGCUGACAGGCGCACACAUCAAGAUGCGCGGGACACGGAUGUGUCUCGAGGCGACGGCCGAGGACAGGCGGACGGACUUGUUGGCCGCACACGCGUGAACACCUUGGACGCCAACGGCGAUGACGUGCGCAUCCCUAGCCGGAUCCUCGAGCAACUCAUACAGGCGCAGGACAAGAGCGCCAAGGAGAACGCGCGUUUGGAGGCGCUGUUUUUGAAUGCGAUGUCUCGCCCUUCCGGUGGCUCUGGUGAUGGUUACCGGUUUGCACUUAUAUCAUGUUUUGUGUACACCGUAUGUGCGCAGAGGGUUUGCGAGCUGGCCAGGGUGCACAUGUUUCUCAACAGGCCGACGUCGACGAUGACCUUCUACCCGAGCAGCGACGAUAAGACUCACGGAGUGUGUGCGGUGCUGGACCGCCUGCCGCAUAGCUUCGCCUGUUUGGCGCUGGCGGCUGACAAGUCGCGUCGCGCGGAUCUCAACAAGACGCUAUCUGAGUGGAAGACAAGGGCUGCCGCACGCGUGCGAGACAUUGCACUUCCCAAGCUCGGAUUGUUCCGCGACGACAGGGACGCAUCCAGCCCAUGGGCGCCCGAGAAGGCACGCAGUAUCGAUAAGAUCCGGGAGCGCAUUGGUCUUGGCGCUGACCCCCCUGAAACCCUGGUGCUCACGAGCUGGGCGAACGACCGUGACGGCAUGCCGUUUGCCUCCCGGGCGUUCGCGACAUGCGCGAAGGCUGCAUUCAGGCCCAAGAAGGCCGGGCUGGUGAUGACACUGAAGGUGUACCACCUGGCCUGGUUGGAGCAUGUGGUCUCCGACUGCGUCCUCUACUGGGAGGAGAGGAAAGGCCGGCUUUCCAACUCGGCCGGCGGCAACGCACACGUCGUGGACGGCCUCAAGGUCCUGGUGAAGGAGGUCGUGGAGAGGGCGAUCAGGAUCCGCAACCCGGAGUAUGACGCGGAGCGAGAGGCGUGGAUCUGGGGGCGCCAUGGACUGCGCAUCUCUGCGUGCGGCCUGGAGCACAUGAAGCCCACCGCCGCAGCUCAGUCCGAAGAGCCUGAGGGGGACGACGACCUCUCGGCGUCAGUUGGUGAUGAGUAG